GCAGACAAAGAGUCUUCCUCGCAUAUUGCGACACGCGAUUGUUUGAACCGCUCUGCGCAGCACAUGUACGCGAUCAGGCCUGUGCACGUUACUACAUUUCCGGCAGCGAGUACGAGCAAUUUUUUCAAGAAGUACUGUUGCUGUGUGAUUAUAAUACUGAUAUUCUUUCGCGCCUAAAAUUUUGUGAGCUGGUGUAUCUUUUUGAAGAGAUAUCUCCUCUGAAGAGCUGCGAGAAAAGCUGAUAUCUCCUCUGAGCUGACCCCUCCAUAUUACAUAAUUGUGUGCAUAGUUUUUUCAAGUAUCAGACGAAACUUUUUUAAAAUGACCUGGCUCGUUGUAAAAUUUGAUGACGAAGAAACAGUAGAAGCUGUUCCGAAUACAUGGUAUAAAAAUUCACAAUGUUAUUGGCCACCUGAAGGCACUGUACAACAUGUCAUAAUAGAUCUAAUAAAGAAGAAACAUCUUCCUACGACAGAUUGGAUGCUUUAUAGAGCGAGUAGUUUGGGCACUUAUGACACUUAUAAAAAAGCGCAUCAAAAGGCAAACAAAGCCAAAAGUACAAACAAUCUUACUUCUAAUAAUGAAGAGUUGAAAGAGAAAAGAGAACGUAAUACAAAAACUAAAAAGCGCAAUAACAAAUCUGAAAGUGAAUCGUCCUCCUCUGAAAUAGAUAGAUCAUCAUCAGAUGAUGAUGCAUUAUAUCCUGACGUUCCAAAUUUUAACGAACAAACUGACUCAAACAAUAGAAAAAAAAAUCAAAUAGAAAAUAACACUUAUAAGUCCAAAGUUACUGUUGAUACUGUUUCUAAUUCUGAUACUAGUACUCCUAUUUUUAAUAUUGUUGAGUCAUAUCAUAAAAACCCGGCUUUGGAAUUAAAUUCUGAAUUUGGAAAACGGAUUUGUAGAGAAUUACACAUUCUCAGUUUGAAAAUGGAUGAUAUUUCCGAAGGUAUUAAUGUUCUACUAAAAAAUAAAUCAGAUCCAGUACAAAAUGUUGUAUGUAAUGAAAUUCCCGAAAUUAUGCAAUCAUUUCCUGUAAAUGAUAAUUCUUUGGCUGAAUUGGAGAACUGGUUAAUGACAUCUGAAAAUAAUAAAACAAUUUUGUCUCAAAAUUUAAGUCGCAUUGGAGGAUGUACCGUUAAAGAAAUCGUUCGAAGAAUUAUGUAUCGCAUUUUUACCAACGAAGUUGGUAUGUCCUACUCAUGGGAAGGGGCAAAGAAAAAGAAAGUUUUCAAAAAUUUAGCUGUGGCGUCUGUAAUUCUCUCUGCUGUACGUCUUAAUAAAAAUACUCAAGAGUGUACAGAUUCAGAAAUAAUAGGCUUUAUAAAAGCGUGGCUUGUAAGGAGUAAGGAUCGCUUUAGUAAUAAUAAAGACAAAAAUAUAGCUCUUCAAAUAGUUGAAGCAAUUGAAGAGUCAACUAAUCAGCAAUGAAACAGAAAUAUAUAAUAGCGUUUUCGAGCGAGACGCAUUUUGAUCGCUCC